AAAAAGGCAAAAACAAUAAGCUAUGGACUACCAAACACUUCUACUGGUGAUUACCUCUUUGUGUGCGAGCAUUCUCAUCUUCAUUUUUAAAAAAUUAAACCAAACUCAAAAUUCUACAAAACUUCCACCAGGGCCAAAACCACUUCCCAUCAUAGGAAACAUCUUACAACUUGGCAAAAAUCCACACAGGACACUCACAAAUCUCUCAAACAUCUAUGGACCAAUUAUGACACUAAAACUAGGAACAUUAACAACCAUAGUAAUCUCAUCACCUCAACUAGCCAAACAAGUUUUACAUGAAAAUUCUCAAAUCUUCUCUAAUAGAACUGUCCCACAUGCACUUUGUGCACUUGAUCAUGACAAAUUAUCAAUUGGGAUGCUUCCAACAUUAGCUUCAUGGAAGAAACUAAGGAAAUUUUGUGCUACAAAAGUAUUUUCUACAAAAGUACUUGACUCAACAAAAAUCCUUCGCCAACAAAAGUUGCAAGAAUUAUUAGAUUAUGUGAAUGAAAAAAGUAAGAAAGGUGAGAUUUUUGAUAUUGGUGCGGCUGUUUUUACAACUAUCCUUAAUUCAAUUUCAAACACUUUGUGUUCUAUGGAUUUGGCUCAUUCAACACCUGAUGAAAAGUCUCAAGAAUUUAAGAACGUUAUGUGGGGUAUCAUGGAAGAAGCUGGUAAGCCUAAUGUUUCAGAUUUCUUUCCAAUUCUUCGUCCUUUUGAUCCACAAAGAAUACACGCAAGGAUUACCAAUCAUAUGAAAAAGUUGUGUGAGAUUUUUGAUGGAAUAAUUGAAGAAAGAAUUAGUUCAAGAGAUUCCAAUUCUGAUUCUAAGGUGUGCAAUGAUGUGUUAGAUUCACUUCUUAAUUACAAUAUUGAAGAAACCACUAAUAAAUUGAGCCGCAAUGAAAUGGUGCAUUUAUUUCAGGAUUUAUUUACGGCUGGUACCGACACUACAUCAAGCACCAUUGAGUGGGUCAUGGCAGAGCUAUUAGGUAAUCCUGAAAAAUUAGCAAAAGCAAGAAAAGAGUUAUGUAAAGAAAUUGGUAAAGAUGAAACAAUUGAAGAAUCACAUAUUUCCAUGUUACCAUUUUUACAAGCAGUGGUGAAGGAAACCUUUAGGUUGCACCCCGCAGCUCCAUUAUUGCUACCCCACAAAUGUGAUGAAAAUUUGAACAUAUCAGGCUUCAAUGUGCCAAAAAAUGCACAAGUAUUAGUCAAUGUGUGGGCCAUGGGAAGAGAUCCAACUAUUUGGGAAAAUCCAAAUAAGUUUGAGCCUGAAAGAUUUUUGGAGCGUGACAUUAAUUAUAAGGGUAACAAUUUUGAGCUUAUACCAUUUGGGGCUGGCAAAAGAAUUUGCCCAGGAUUGCCAUUAGCUCAUAGGAGUGUGCAUUUAAUUGUGGCAUCCCUUCUACGCAAUUUUGAAUGGACACUUGCUGAUGGGUUAAAUCCAGAAGACAUGAGUAUGGAUGAGCGAUUUGGGGUAACAUUAAAGAGGGUCCAAUCUCUUCGAGUUCAAGCUAUUUCAUCAGCAUAGGUAGAUAUGUUUGAAGGAUAAAUGUGAACGUUUUGUAUCAUGGUGGAUAAGUUAGAAUCACGGCGACCCAUCGUGAUUUUAUUGAAGUUACAAAUUAUAGCUUUUGGAAAAUAACAAUGCGUCUUUGUGAUCCUGACAUAUCUGCCAUGAAGUUGCGGACGGUUUCAAUUACAUUUCAAACCUUUUAUGUCGUGCUAAAAUGCAAACAUAUGCAUUCGAUAUAUUGCAUAUAUUGUUGUGGUGGUUGCAAUGUACACCCUCUGAUCACUAAUAUAAGUAAAAAAAAAUAUUUUGAGUUCAUUCAUUUAAUGAUGUAUAUGGUCUAUAAUAAAAAUUAUGUGCAUCAUUAAAUGAAUGAAUCUAAAAUGUAGAUUUUUGGUUAUAAUAGUGACCGAAGGAUGUAGCUGUUUGUAAGACCUUUAAAACUGUAUUGUUGUUGUAUACUGCAAUUUAAACAUGUGGUCCCUGUAAUUUCUUAAUAAGUGAUGGUGUAAUAGCCAUCUAAUGAUUUGGGUAAUAAACAUCUUUCUAUGAUAAAUAAUUGAA